AUGGAUGGCUCCAUCAGGCGUAUCGAGAAACCCGACCUUGACGAGAUGGAGAGGUCGGAGAAAAUUGAGAAGAACACUGCUCCUUUCACUCCACAAGAUGAGAAAAAACUCGUACGCAAGCUAGACUUCUGGAUCAUCCCACUCAUGAUGGUUACAUACUUCCUGCAGAGUUACGAUAAGGGUAUCAUGAGUGCUGCCACGCAAUUCGGCUUCGAAACUGAUCUAAAUUUGGAAUAUGUGGUUGGAUACGAGGCGGACGGCACUGCCGAAACUAACAACAAGCGAUACUCCAAUGCAUCGAUGAUUUUCUAUGUUGGUUACCUGAUCGGGACUUAUCCCAUGAUGUAUCUUGCACAGCACUUCCCCGUCUCUCGUGUUAUCGCAACUGCAACUUUUAUCUGGGGCAUCGUGGUGAUGUCAACUGCUGGCUGCACAAACUAUGCUGGCAUCAUGGUCAACCGUUUGUUCCUCGGUAUUUUUGAGUCUGCCGUUGCACCCACUUUUACUGUGCUGAUCACCUUCUGGUGGACUCGUGAGGAACAAGCUUUACGUACUGGACUAUGGUACUGCUGUGUUGGAGUGGCUACUACCAUCGGACCUUUCCUUGACUAUGCCCUCGGUCAAGUCAAUGGACCUCUUCGGACCUGGGAACCCAUGUUCCUUGUUCUCGGUGGGAUCACUACUGCUUGGUCAGUGGUGUUAUUCUUUCUCCUACCUGAUGGUCCUUACACAACAAAGGGUCUCAAUGAAUUUGAGCGUCAAAUCGCAAUUAGCCGAUUGGAGCGAAACCAGGCCGGAACAAUCACCCGUGAAUUUGAUAGGGCUCAGUUCCUCGAAACAUUCCGAGACUUCAAGACAUACAGCUGUUUCCUGAUCAUUCUUCUCACCGGUGUACCCUCUGGCGCCAUUGGUACCUUUGGAACCAUUGUUAUCAAUGGUUUUGGAUAUGAUCAUUUCGACUCUCUGGCCUUAACCAGCCCUAUUGGCGCUCUGACCGCCCUUUCUAUCUUAAUCGUUGGCUAUCUCACUCGUAAAUUCAAUGGAACCCGCUAUCUUUGCAUAAUGGUUUGUGCAUUGAUUUCUAUUGCGGGUACCUUGAUUUGUUGGUUUGGCCCUCGGAGCAACAAAGGUCUCUUGUUCGCGGGAAUUUUCUUGAUUGCCGUCCAAGUUGCCUCGGGUGGCAUUGCAGUUUCUCUUGCUGCCUCAAAUAUUGCCGGUCAUACCAAAAAAGCCACAACUAGUGCAACCACCUUUGUCGGUUAUUGUAUCGGCAAUAUCAUCGGUCCACUUAUUUUUGGCGCUUCCCAGGUCCUAUCUACCGCUCUGGUUUCAUCGAAUGAAGACUUCCGAUAUGUGCUUUGA